AUGGCAAGCCACCUGUUAGCUCUCCUGCUCGCUCUGAUCACUGCUGUCCUACCCCGAAGAAAUGGCUGCACUGACAUUAUUGGGGAACACCCUGUGCUUCCCCAUUCCUGGCCUUUUAUGGCUGCCAUCCAGAAAGACCAUUUAACUGUGUGUGGAGGAGCUCUUGUGGCAAAGAAAUGGGUUUUGACAGCAGCACAUUGUAAAUUAAGAAAAUCAGAAGUCAGAGUUGUUCUUGGAGCCCAUUGAGCAUCCAUAGUUGAAAAAGAGCAGCAGAUAUUUAAGGUUAUGCAUUGCUUUCCUAAUCCCCAGUUUAACAGGUCUUCCAAGGAAAACAAUAUAAUGCUCCUCAAGGUACUGAAUGGUACUGCAAAUCUGAAUAAAUAUAUGCAACUUUUGCCUCUGCUUGACUCUGGUGAAGAUUUCAAACCUGGCAGAAAGUGCAAGGUGGCCAGCUGGGGAGUCUCAUCUUCAGGAAAGCCAUCACCAUGUCUUCAGGAAACAGCUGUUACAAUCAUUGACAGAAGAAACUGCAAGAGCAAGUACAUAAAACACAUGAAAAUAAGCAGCAACAAGUUAUGUGCUGGCGGCAAAAACGUAUUUUCAAAGAGAGAAGCUUGCCAGGGCGACCCAGGUGGGCCGAUAAUCUGUGCCAGUCAAUACAGUAGGAUUGUUUCCUUUGGAAAAGGAUAUGGUAGAAGAAAGAUGCCUGGAGUUUAUACACGACUGACUGAAAAAUAUCUUGACUGGAUAAAAGAAGUAAUUUUCCUUAACAGAGAUCCAUGGGACAGGCAUGACAGUUUUAAUAAAUACUAUGCUGUGUAUUAG